UGGGGAUGGGUCAGUGGUUGGACUCGGUGACCACAGAGGUCUCUUUCAAUCUUAAUGAUUCUAUGAUUCUGUCAUUCUCAUCUAUGUCAUCCUGCCACCUGACCGGUGUGUCUCUACUCUCCUCUCUCCCCAGGUUCAGCACCAUGAGUAGGCAGCCUGGGCGCUAGCAGUGUGAGGAGCCCAGCACAGUGCUGCUCUGCUGACACCUUGCCUCACUGCUUGUCCCCGUGGGGAGAAGGGUGCUGGCAGCCCACCCUGCCCUUCCGCCCCGCUCACCCUAGAGCGGACGGGCCCGUUAUGGCUGGAGACAGACUCCCACGCAAAGUGAUGGAUCCAAAGAAGCUGGCCAGCCUCCUGCGGAACGGAGCGGAGGGCACCCUGGUCAUCGAUAGCCGCUCCUUUGUGGAGUACAACUCCUGGCACGUCCUCAGCUCUGUCAACAUCUGCUGCUCUAAACUGGUCAAGAGGAGGCUCCAGCAGGACAAGGUCUCUAUCACAGAGCUCAUCCAGCCCACCUCCAAGAUGAAGGUGGAGGCAGAGGAGCACCAGGACGUGGUGGUCUAUGACCAGAGCACACGGGAUGUGACCGGCUUGGCUGCUGACAGCUUCCUCUCCAUUCUCCUGGGCAAGCUGGACAGCUGUUUCCACAGUGUCUCCAUCCUCACAGGGCACAGCUUGGUGCAAAAUACCAAAAUGGAGAAUGCAGAUUUGGUCAUGUCCUGGAGGAAGUCUGCCUUGUCGCUGGGAUGAGUCAGGAAGGAGCCUUUGUUGCAGACCUAAGAAAAUGCCGUGCUCUGGUUCCUUGUAAGGAUGAUGUCACUCACUGACACCCAGCCCAUGCAAGCAAGUGAGCAUCCCUGGUUUUGACAGCCGUCUCUGUUCUCCCUGGAUGUGGCACCAAAGACCUCCAUGCAGGUUUGUGUCUGCCUGCACUACGUGUGAGAUGAAGUUUAAGACCCCCAAUUAAAACCCGUUUACAGGCUUCCCAGACCUUCCCUUCCGCCCUGCCUUCCCCUUGCUGAAGUCCUCAAAGAACUGCAUUCCCGACUGGUAAUUACUGAGGUUUUGGCAAAGCCUCUGCUGUUCCCUGUGCCUCAGGAUGGCAAGCAGCACGGCCUGGAGCCUGCUAAUGGGGAAUGCAGGCUGCUAAUGCAUGGAAAAAAAAAAAAGAAAA